CAUCGGCGUCUCCCAGUCGGGCAGGGCGCGGCAACUCAGUCUCCAUCCGACUUUCAAACGAAGAGUUCGCCUGUGACCGAUUUUUACGAAAUCCCACCAUGGCCCGAAGUGCAGUCACUUUAUUAGGCUUCGCCGUUUUACUGGCCGUCGUUAAAUUAGGUUCAAGUACUAUGUGCUACCAAUGCAACUCUCAGUCGCAAGCUGAGUGCGGAGAUCCAUUUAAGAAGGACAAAAUUAAGCUAGUGGAUUGCAGUCGUGACACGGAGGUAUUGAAUUUCAAUAACCAGUACCUCCGACCGCUGGUAUCAGGGUUUCCAGUGAACAUCCUUGGAGCAGCAAGAUACUGUCACAAAAUUGUUACAAACACAAACACUGUCAUCCGAGUGUGCAUGGACGACAACCCUUUCGCCCUCAACACCACCUGCCAAAUGAUCGCCAAAUCCGAAGCUGUGAAGCACUGCAGCGUGUGCGACAAAGACAACUGUAAUGGAGCUGCAUCCAUCUCAGCCUCUCUCCCUCUAGCAUUAGUAGCACUUUUCGCUUCUUACUUCUACUUGAAACAGUAACAGCUAGAAGCACCGUAACAACAGAUAUUGGUAGCUUGAGUGACUUAAGAGGUCAGUCAUUGUUGUGCAUAUUUACUGAGCACCAGAUAACGUGUAUGCCAGACUGAUUUUUACACCUUUAGGCGGUAAGUAGGUUUUAAGCUCUGGUAAACCUUUUUACUGUCUUUAAGGUCUUAACUGUUCCUAAGCACAGAUUGCCUAAUCAACAUUUGUGGUUUAUGGUUACCACUGCGUAAAAUAUAGAACUAUCUUUACCAAUAGUUUAAAGAAAAAAAUGUGCUGGGUGAUGUAAAAUUUCAAAAAACUAAUACCCCUAUGAAAUCGCCUGGCUUCUUGACUAUCUGUGACAGGUUAUCUGGUACUGGUUUUUGCUUUAGAAAUAUCAUACCAAAGUACAGACAAUGCUUUUGCAGAUGUAUAAAAUAUUUUCCGCUCACUACAGGACCUUAACUGUCAUUUGUUUCGAACUUCCCAUAUAUAUAAGAGGUUUACACAUUUAUGUGACAUUGAAUUACUAAGUCUAUGUUUUCUAUGAUUUUUAAAAACUAAUUAUCUCAGAAAUGAUUCUGGAAAAAAUUGGUUAAAUACUGUUACUCCACAUUUAUAAAACUACGAUAGAAACACAACUUUUGUUCAGGCUCAAUUUUGACAAUAGAAUAGUACUUAUCGAAUUUUUGAUAUUUCUAUAAAACCAUCGUUAGUUAUUUGUUUUGUAAAAAAUAAAACAGUUUUACACUUGAGCAGGCAAAAAUCUAACAUUUGUUUUAGUAUUAUUUUUUAAUUCCAUUUAUUUAUAUAUUUAUGAAUAUUUAACUUGUUAUACAAAUAGAAACCGAAUGUAUUGUCUCUUUUUUAUGACUAUCAAGCUGUUUGGACGUUUUAUAGAAGUUAAGAAAAACAAUGUAUAAAAGUUUGAUGUAGAAAUUUAUAAAUUCGUCGUUCGUAUGAAUCAUUUGUGCUUAAAAUAUUUGUAAAAUUAAAUUAAUACAUACUUGAUGAAAAGCUAUUUUAUAAGACUAUAUCUAGAAACAGUGAUAUUAGCAAGCUGCUAUAUCAAAGGAACGGAUUAGAGUAUUAAUGGUUAGACUGAACAAAAAUAGAACGAAAGAUUAUUAUAUAUUGGUAUGGAUAUUAUCAAGAUUUUUAUGCUUUUCACAUGUCAACCUCGUCUAUAUGUAAACAUCCAUCGUUGGAAUAACUAGGUAUACUGUUUUACUAGAUGUCUAUAACCUAGGUAAUUCAUCGUCCGAUAUUAUAGUACCUAUUUUAAGACCGUAGAGGCCGUCCAAUAUCAGCGUUGUUACUGUUGUUGUGCUUCUUGAUAUAUGUACGUUAUGUAAGAUAAACUUAGAUGUUAACAUAUAACUGAAAACACUAUUUGUGAUAACAAUAAUCUCAUCAUAUAUGUUAUUAUUUAUUUGCUGUACAAAUUCAGAGUCAACACACAACAAAAAAUAGAAACAGUGUAUAUUUACUGCGCAAUUUUUUGAUUAUUUUUUACGUACUAAUUAUUUGUUGUUGUAUGUUUCAUGAUGUUUAUUUAUCAAUAAAAUAUUUUUUCCAUA